CUUCUUGCCAUGUCCUGAUCUGGUUCAAUUUGGGCUCAAUUUAAUGAGAAAAACACACCCACUUGCGUUUACUGGGUGUGAUUGUCAAAAUCGUUCUCCGACAGAUCUGAGUCUUUGUAAAGAUAUUUACUGCACAGUAAAGGACCUCCUUUCUGGAUAGUUUUGGGGCGGUUCAUUUAUUCCGUUGAAUGCGGGACACAUGAUUGUCAAGGCUGCUGAAUCUGGUUUAGUUUGAUGAAAAUUCCUAUCAAUGUGGUCUGAUUGGGAUAAGGUGGAUGGAUGUGUGUGAAUCAGAGCAAGCAUCACAGAAACACAAAGCUGUGGUGACCCCAAGACUACCUUUGAUUCUGACUGAAAAGAACAAUGCAGCCACCACCAGGCGCUCUCGAACAAGGGAGGUUAGUUCUCGGUACAAGUCACCUACUCCUCCGGCCACCCCUUCUGGUCCUCGUAGAUGCCCUUCACCAAACCUCACAAGAACAACACCUUCUUCAUCCUCCCAGUUGUUACAAAAGAGAGCUCACUCGGUGGAAAGGAAGAGACCUUCAACCCCUCCAUCCCCACCACCUAGACCUUCUACACCUGUCAAUGAGUCUUCUGUGUCGUCAAGAAGGAUAGCAGGAAGCCGUUUGCCUGAUAGUCUAUGGCCUUCUACAAUGAGAAGUUUGAGCGUUUCUUUCCAGUCAGAUACCAUCUCCAUACCUGUUAGCAAGAAAGAGAAGCUAGUUAGUAGUGCCUCUGAUAGAACUCUGAGGCCUGCUUCAAAUGUGACACACAAGCAGCCUGAAAGUCCAACCACAAGAAAGGCUACGCCAGAGAGAAAGAGGAGUCCCCUUAAAGGGAAAAGUACUUCUAAUCAGUCUGAGAAUUCUAAACCAGUUGAUAGUUUGCCUUCUCGGUUAAUAGAUCAGCAUCGGUGGCCGAGUAGGAUAGGUGGGAAGGUAUCUUCUAGUGCAUUAAACAGAAGUGUUGAUCGUGCUGAUACCAGAACGUUGAACACUUCUGUUCCAGGAACUGGUUUGUCUUCACUGAGAAGAUUGUCUAUAUCAGAAGAAGAAAGUAAACCCUUGCAACGGGCUUCCAGUGAUUCUGUAAGACUAUUAUCGCUUAUUGGAAGUGGCAGAAUAGGAAGAGAGGUUAAAUCAGUUGAUGACUGUUCGCUACAUGAAUUAAGACCUCACAAAUCUGUUUCUGCAACUCCUUCGGAUAAAGCAGGAUUAGCAACUGCUGGAGUCAGAUCUCAGUCCUUGUCAGCUCCGGGAUCACGGCUGCCCUCACCUAGUAAGACCUCAGUGCUAUCCUCUUCUAGUUCAAGAGGUGUCAGUCCGUGUAGGUCAAGGCCAUCAACUCCUCCUUCUAGAGGGGUUAGUCCAUCUCGAAUAAGGCAAACCUAUUCAUCCAUUCAAUCCAACAAUUCAAUUUCAGUGCUCAGCUUUGUUGCUGAUUUUAAAAAGGUGAAAAAGGGCGCAGAAGAUGCUCACCAAUUACGACUUCUCUACAACAGAUACUUGCAAUGGAGGUUCGCCAAUGCGAGAGCUGAGGCGAUACUUCACAUCCAAAAUGCUAUUGUGAAGAAAACUCUAUAUAAUGUUUGGAUCACUACUUUGUCCCUGUGGGAGUCUGUUAUUAGGAAAAGGAUCAAUCUUCAGCAGCUGAAGCUCGAGCUUAAGCUAAAUUCUGUUUUAAAUGACCAAAUGACCUACCUUGAUGAUUGGGCUGUGCUUGAAAGAGAUCACGUUGAUGCUCUAUCUGGGGCUGUGGAAGACUUGGAGGCGAGCACUCUUCGUCUUCCAGUAACUGGAGGAGCAACCGCUGAUAUUGAGCAUUUGAAGGUUGCUAUCUGUCAAGCUGUUGGCGUCAUGCAAGCAAUGGGAUCUGCAAUAUGCACUUUGCUCUCGCAGUUAGAGGGUAUGAACGGUUUAAUUUCUGAAGUUGCUGUUGUAGCAGCGCAGGAAAAAGCCAUGCUUGAUGAAUGUGAAAUGCUACUGGCUUCGGUAGCAGCUAUGCAGGUUGAGGAAAGUAGCCUUCGGACGCAGCUAAUGCAAAUCAAGCAAGCUUUGGGUAUAAGCAAGUAGCCAAAUUUCGGAAAUUUAAACACACAUGAACCUGACCUGCUGCCAAGCUAACAAGUAAUAGCUUAUCGCUUGCGGCUUCAGCCAUAGCAUCAGUAUCUAAUAUAUUUCAGCUUCUUUACCACUGUAAAUUUUUUAAUAGGUUUUCUUCCCGUUAAAUAUGAUGGAAUCGAUAUUGUUUUAUCAUCCUUUUUUUUUCCCCAUCUUUUUCUUCUUUCUUUCUUUU